AUGGUCGAAGUUCAAGAGGUACCUGAAGGUCACGAAUUUUCUGACAAUUCAGAUAAUGAGUCAACUAGUUCUUUGGAAUCGGGUUCUUCUGAAGAACCGGAAUCUCUUUCAGAACGAUUAGCAGCUUUACGUGACAUUAUACCAGAAGAGACGCGUGACUCAAUAACAAAUAAUGUUUCAUCAAUAAUGAGAUUUGGCGUGAAUAGUGCUCGUUUUCUAGGAAAUGUAUUUUGGGUUUUGACCACUUCUGCCAUAAUUUUGAUUAUGCCUUUAGCGCUUGAACUUGAAAGAGAGCAUCAAAUUAUCCAACUUGAGAAUGAACAAAAAGCUUUAAUGAGUGGUCAAUCUAGCAACCCUUAUGGACAAUCUAGCAAUCCUUAUGGACAAUCUAGCAACCCUUACGGACAACUACCGGGCCAAGAAAGUACCGUUGUAUUUGUAUGCGUUUAG